AUGACGAUUCGCAUGAUCAGCCAUGCAGGCAACAAUGGUGUCAUUGUCGUCACCAGCAACGCAAGUCGAAGGGCCGGGUACUGUGCCAGCGUGAUGAUCAUUCUCAUGGGCAUUUUUGGCAAGUUCGGCGCCAUCUUCGCCGCAAUGCCAUCCACUGUUCUCGGCCGCAUGCAGACCUUUCUUUUACCUCUGACGGGAUUCUUCGAGGGUGACAAUCUGAUUUUCGAGACGCCGUUCAUCUUGUCGAUGCUCGUGAGCGUGCUGCUGAACUGCAUGGUGUCGCGAGAGCGGAGGGAAGACGUCGCGCCGGCGCCACUGGGCAGUGUUCUAGAACUAUGUGGAUCGAUGCGUCCCCCCUGUCCCCCUGCCCGCCAAGCAUAA